CUUUUGUAUCAACGUAAUACAUGAUUGGAAGUAAAUUCUGAUUUUAAAAAAUUUGGAUGUGAUUGUACUUCAAUAUGGCGAACCGCGACAAAGGACGCAAAAAGUGGGGAGAAUUUUUACAAGAUAAUUCAAAAUUAGAAGAGGAUAGGUCAAUAGGAAUGAAAGGUGGAGGAAAUAGAGCACCUCAAGCUUUAUAUAGGCCAGGAAGUGGACCUCUUCGAAAAUCAGGAAGAUCUUCAGAUGAUUUAGAUAAUGAAAAUAUUUCACGGGAGAAACCUAAAUCUAGCUCCGUCCAACAUCGUUUAAAACAGUCACAACUCAAUAAAUCCAACCAAAAUCAAAAUAAUCCACCAUCAUCUCAAGUUAAAAAUGUAACAGAAAAAUUGAAUGAUCUAAAUAUUAAUUACAGAAGCGUUACAAACAUUGAACAGGCACAAGGUUCUUCUCAAAAUAGUAAUUCUGGAGAUUCAAGAAGGAAAACUAAGAAACCAGAACAGCUAUUAUAUGUACCUAAAAAAGUAAAAGAAGCAUUAGCUGAACAAGAUGUAACAAAUAGAUCUCCCAAUCAAGGAGGUUGGGAUCAGGAUCAAGAGAGAGAGCAUAGUGAAGAUCGUGAUUCUCAUUCGAAUCGUAGUCAUAAAAGUGAUAGUCAAUGUAAUCGGUUAAGUGGUCAUGGUAGAAGAAAUAGCGAAAGUGGAAGUAAAAACCGAGAUGAGCAUGAUAAAAGAUAUUCAGGUAAUCGAAGAACUCGGCACGGUAAUGAAAAUGAAGAGCGUUGGCGAUCUGACUCUCCUUUAUCUAACAGAGGUUAUGGAAAUAGGAAAGAUAGUUCUCGUGAAGUUAGACAGGGUUCAGAACCUCUUUUUGCAACAACGAAUCACUUAAAUGAUUUCAAUCGUACUAGAGAUACACGUAGUGUAGAACCUGCUGGACAUCCAGAAAAGUUUCAAGGCAAACCACCAUCAGGGAAAUGGGGUGGUACUAAAGAUAGUUUGCCAAAAAAAGUAAAAAUAAAACGCUUACCACCUAGACUUCAGAAAAAAUACUUUUUGGAUAAUGGUUUGCCCUUACCACCAAGUUCCUCACCGUCUGAAGAUACAUGGAAUAGCAAUAGUGCUUCAUUUCAGGCACCGUCAAACUAUAAUUUUCCACCUGCAAUGCAACAUUCACAAACGAUGCAAAGUUUACCUCCAUCUGGUCCAUUACCUCCACAAACUAGCUGGUCUAAUACAACACCAUCACGAGCUAGAGGUAGAGGUAGACUUAGACCAGAAGAUUUAGAAAGUUCAACAAACGUUUUUAGGUGUGUUACACCUGAUCAGUAUUCAGCUCCAAGUUCCAGAUCUCAUACACCAAGCCAAGAAUUUAUGCAAAGUAGAUCUUACGAUCGUCGUGGCAGUAAUAGUACUAUGUAUACUAGUAUGGAAAGUUUAAGUCGAGUAGAUAGUUCAACGAUACCACCGCCAUCAUCAGCAUCACCCGUUACUUCAAUGUCCAGUGUAAACAAACGUCAAAUAUCGCCAGAGAGUCAUCGUCGAGGAAUAUCUCCAUCUCCAGCUUUUCACCGCACUCAAACGCAACGGUGUAGCAAUACAUCUGAGCGUAAUACAAUACAAGAAAAAAAGAACGGUCAACAAAAUUCAGGUGUCAGUUCAUCAAAAGGUGAAUCUAUCAACACUGCGUUAAAUAUAUCUGUUGAACAUCCAUUUGAUUGGAGUGAAGACGUUGAAUUAAGUGAGAAGCUAGAAGCUGAGCGUGCAAGUCGUAGUUCAUCUGUAUUGAGUUUACGUGAAAAUGUUAAUGUGUCAGGAAAUGAAACUACAACAAGUAGUCAUAAUCGACGUAAAAAAAAAAAGCGUGAGAAGAAACACGCGGUAGAUCAAGGAAGGAGUAAUAGCAUAGAUAAAGCUCGUGUUAAUAGUCGUGAUCGGCAAAAUAAUCAGCAAAAUAGAGAAAAUGAUAACUAUAACAAUAAUCAAAAAAACAAUAACAGUAGUAGGAGAUAUGACCACAAAAGACACCGUAAUAUUAUACAACGUAGUCGAGAAUCUAGCAAAGAUAGAAGUUAUCGUGGUGGUAAUCGAAACUUUGAUGACCUUCAUCGACAUAGAGCGUCCGAUCGAUAUUUAGAUGAAAAUUGGAGAACAGGUAGAAAAAUGUCAGUUUGUGAUUCUGACGAUGGCCGACAAACACCUAGUGUUUCUUCACAUUCUGUCACGUUAGCAAAUACUUUAACAGCACAUCAAGCAUCACCCACUGGAUAUACCAGUUCUCAACCACCGGGUGUUUUGGUGUUACCUGAUACUAGCCAAUCUCCGCCUAAUCAUCAAACUUCGAGGCAACAAGGAGUGCAACAACAAAGAACGUUAUUUGAUCCCAAUAAUCCUAAUAAGCCAAUCGUUAUUACCUCUCCUAGUAGUAGAGCAGCAGUACAAAGAGAAAGUGAAAUUACAUCUCAAGGUUCAAGUAUACCAGUGUUUCAAUCCCAUGGGGGUAUUAGUUCUACUCAUCAUAACUUCCAGGGAACGCAUUUGGAUGGCGUGCCACCACCAUACAUGACAAAUGACCAAUUUGGAAAUAUAAGACCUUCAUGGUAUGAUCCUUACUCCGAUAGUUUUCGAUUAGCUAAAAAUCCUUACUUACUCUUGGAUAUAGAACGUGCUGAUUUAGAAUUGCAGUGGAUACUAAGUUCCGGUGGUUUUACAUCAAAUUGGGAGAGGGUUUUGUAUAUACGACACUUUCUACAAGAAAGUUUAAAAACUUUGCUCGAGACUGAUAUCAAAUUUUGUCAAGCUGAGAACGUUGAACAACAUUUUUGGAAAAUACUUUUUUAUAAUAUGAUCGAAAUGCUGCGAAAAGGCAUGCCUAAAGAAAGUUCUGAAGGUCGAGAACAUUAUAAAAAAAUUAUGUUAAAAAUUAUUGACGAUGGUACCGUGUAUUUAGAGAGUUUGUUGACUGUUCUUGAAACGAAAUACGAAUUUAAAUUGGAUACAUUUCUUGCAUCGUCGACUUUGCCUAAGGGUCUUGGGAUCUUAGGUUUAGCCUUAGUAAGUGCGCAAAAAAUAUAUCUAUUUUUGGGUGAUUUGGCGAGAUAUAGAGAACAGGCAAAUGAAACAAAUAAUUAUGGAAAGUCUCGGCAAUGGUAUUUGAAAGCACAACAACUUAAUCCAAAGAAUGGAAGGCCUUACAACCAGCUUGCAUUACUAGCACAUUAUGCUAGGCGAAAGUUGGAUGCGGUGUAUUAUUAUAUGCGAUCUCUUAUGGCAUCUAAUCCUUUCCAUUCUGCGAGGGAGAGUUUAAUAGCACUUUUUGAUGAAAACAGGAAGAAGUAUCUACAUUAUUAUGAAUCGACGGAACGGAAACGGAAAGAGGAGAGAGAAUGGAAAGAACGAGCCAGGAUGAAAGAGAAAGAGGGAGCGAACAAUAUUGGCGGCGGACUAAGAAGAGAAAUUUGGAUUCAUCCUGGUGGAAGACGAGUUCAUCGUACAACUACUGCAGCCACUGCCAACGAAGCGAGAUUAUCUCAUAGCGAUUUAGAAGAAUUGGCACAAUUAAGCAGCGUUGAGGUAAAUAAACGAUUCGUCACAUCCUACCUUCACGUUCAUGGAAAGCUGAUCAAUAAGAUAGGAAUGGAGACGUUCCAAGAAGCUGGUGUUCAGAUGUUAAAGGAGUUUAGGGCGCUUCUUCAGCAUUCGCCGCUGCCUCUUCCGGAGACGCGACUUCUUCAGCUCCUGGCGUUAAACAUGUUCGCCAUCGAGUCGACGCAGUUAAAGGAUUCCCAAAUGGAGCAAGGGUACCGGUCCGAGGUCCAAGAAAGGGCACUGGUUGUAUCCUUGCAGAUGUUCAAUCUGAUUUUAGAACGUGGCGUGUCCUUGCUCAAGUCUCAGUUGGACAGCGGCAAAGAGUCGAGGAUGGUUGUUAGCGAGGACAUGCAAGUCCUUUUACCAGCUAUCAAGACCUGGUGCGACUGGAUGCUUUGUCACAGCACCGUUUGGAAUCCACCGCCAUCUUGCACGGACUAUAGAGUCGGCCCACCUGGAGACGCCUGGAGCAGGCUGGCCAUGAUGGUGAACCUACUGGAAAAAUUGAAUUACUCCAGAACGAUUCUUAUCCAGGCCAAGGACGCGGAGGGUCGAGAAGACGAACUUGAGUUGGUAAAACUGCCGGAAGAUACGACCUUGGCAGGAUUCACGCCGCUGAUGUCGAAUCCACAAGACCCUUGCUACGCUGAAAAAACCGAAGAUAUGGAAGUUGCUCAAGUGUGCCUCAGGAUAAACAAGAUUCUGUUCUUCGGCCAAGUGUUCCUGUGCGGCCUCGAGACGCCGGUAUUGAAGUUGCAGAAGAGCGAAACUGGCAUUAGCGAGUACGUCUCCGUGGUGGAGGCAUCGAGCACGAGCACGCCGAGUUCACCACCAGAGCAGAGCGACUCGGAGCUCCUGGUGGAAAGUUAUAGCGAGGGCGAAGACGAGUCAGUUUCCACCCUCAAGAGAUUACCCUCGUGCACAGACGUACCUGACGAUAGCAUCGCGCCCGUAGCCACGGUCGAGAUAAGGUCGUUGAUCGAGAGAAAAGAAGAAUUGGAGAGGCGGCAACGGAAACAGGAUCGUCAUAGACAGAGAGUGCAGCAAAUUUUGCAAAAGUCUUCAGUUUCGGUGGAAAUCGAAGUGAGACCUAGACAAUUGGUUCCGGAUACUAACUGCUUUAUCGACUAUCUACCACAAUUACAAAAUAUUGCGAAAGCAAUUGCUGGCGCUCAACCGAUUUAUACGCUUAUGGUGCCGCUUGUAGUUCUGAACGAACUCGAAGGCCUGGCAAGGGGUGCGGACGCCAGAGAUUGUCCUCCAGCUUCAAGGGCGACUUUGGAUCCAGAACACGUGGCCAGGGUGGCUGAGAGCGCGAAGGUAGCUCUGGCUUUCGCGAGAAGCAGAAAUCCGGCGAUUCGUUGCUUGACCACCAGAGGAACUGUGCUCACGUCCAGCACGUUUACGGUAGAAGAGGAUGUUGACGAGGACGGGUUGACAAGAAACGAUGACAGAAUACUGGCUACGUGCUUGAGCCUCUGCAAGGCGGGUAACAAAGAUCAAGUAAAUGCAGAAGAGGGUCAGCCACGACGUCUCAGGAGGGAAGUUGUCCUACUAACGGAUGAUAGGAACUUGAGGGUGAAGGCGCUAGCAAGGGAUGUUCCCGUAAGAGAGGUGCCCGAUUUUAUGCAAUGGGCCGGCCUUGGUUGAGACGCUUUUCCGACCAAACAUACCCGCUAACGAAAAAUCUUCCGUUACCACCCCCGCCGAGUAAACUUGAACAACAGCAGCAGCAGAAAUAGCAGCAGCAACCAUCAACAGCAACAGCAACAGCAGCAGCAAGUCAAAGAAAAGGAAAGAAAGCGUGGAAGAAAGAGCAUGGAGGAAAAAAGGGGAAACAAAGAAAAGAGGAUAUCUCGCAUCGUGCUCCCUCAAUCGUGGCCGAUCAGCCGUCGCGCGCGUGCGACAGAUCUUCCGUUCCCACACGUAAGUUCGUUCUGAUUGUCGAGGUCGUGCCUAUACCCGCGGUGAUGCAUUCAUCGUGUCGGCAAGGAUGUCAAAGAGAUCGGCAAAGAAUGUGUGUGUGUGUAUGUGUAUGAGAGAGUGAGUGUGAGUGAGUGAGUGAGUGAGUGAGUGAGUAAGUGGGUAAGUGAGUGAAUAAGUGAGUGAACGAGCAAGCGAGUGAGAGUGAGAAUGAGAGUGAGAGUAAGUGAGUGAGUGAGUGUGUUAGUGAGAGAAAGAGAGAAAGAAAGGGAGAGAAUAUGACUGGUCAUUUUCCAUGGUGACAUUGCUCGAUGUAGAUCGAGUUUUUAGGAGCGACCGAGACUGGGAGAACGGUAGUUUGUUUCGAGUAGGAUCAGAAACAGAGGGAUAAGAGAGAGGGAAAUAGAUAUAAUUAGAAACAACGAUGCGUGAUCGCGACGCUUUCCAUCGUUGAUUUCUUUUUCUUUUUUCCUUUUUUUAAAUGUAUUAUAUUUAAUAGUUAUAUUUAGAGAAAUAUAGAUUUCUAUUUUCUUCAAUACGAUUAACAGCUACUAUGAAGAUCUUCUUAUAUGUAAGGAGAAAGGGGGAUGUAAAGCGGCGCGAGAACGUUGAUAGCUGAAUCGUAUCGGGGCAAAGUAAUUUGUCCGAGAACGGAGACAGGAAAGUAUGCUACUCGAUCUGAGAGAAACGUACGAGAAAAUAAAGCAAGAAAAUGAAUGAAGCGAGAAACGAAACGAAACGAAACGAAACGAGACGAGACGAGACGAGACGAGAUGAGACGAGACGAGAUGAGACGAGACGAGACGAGAGGGGUCGAUAUUUUUUACACACGUGAAUAUCUUUUUUGGUUGAUUUUUAUCGAUGACGACCGCUCUGCGGCCGGCUUCAUUUUUCUCUACCUUUUAUCAUGUUUGUAACGGUCUAUACACGCGAAUAUAUGCAUAUAUAUAUGUAUAUUUGUACGCACUUUUGAAUAUUGUAUACACCGUAUGCGGUCGUUGGAGGAUGCGUUCGGAAUCCGCGUACAUGCCGCCCCGCGUGUGUGUCGCUUGUCUUUCUUUUUCAUCUCUUUUCUUAUGCUGUCCUUUUUAGCAAGCUCCCUCCCUCGUACCGGAUCGUUCUGGAAUUAAUUUUCUCUCUUUCUUCUCUUUUCUGUUUUUCCUCUCCCUUUCGGCUGUCCCUACGUUUCUUUUCCUACUCUUUUUCUUUCUCGUUGUACGCGUAACGAAAAAGUUAUCCUUGCACGCCGUGUAUUAUUAUUAUUAUUAUUAUUUUUUUGGAUGCAAUUUUCGAUAUUUGUAUCGUACUUUUUCACUUUUCUUCACUUUUUUCUUUAACGAUUUCGUGGUCUUUUUCGUACGAUUUCGAUGCCUUUAUUUUUACUCGUUGUUAGCUUCUUUUUCAUUUUUACGAGUCUCGUAACGCCUUAUGGACUUUAUCGAAGUUUUUCCAAGCGUAAUUUCCAUCGUAAUCUCGAGCAGAGAAAGAUGUGCUUGAUAUAUAUAUAUAUAUAUAGAAUUGGCGGGGGAGAGGUAGAUACGAUCAACUGAGAAGCGGGAGUAUGUACUGAGUAGUGCAAAUUAUGUAAAACGAAAUUUAAUACGAGCAUCCGUAGAUUUCAUCAUAAAGUAUUCAAGUUUACCGGAGAUAUUCUUUAUCUUUCGUAUUACUAUUUUUAAUUAAUUACUUUGUUAAUAUUGCUUUUAAAAAGUCAUCGCGUACUAACUUAAUUGCUAACAUAUUUUGUUUGCAAAUAUUCGUUAAUCGUCAAAAUAAAGAAGAGUGAUGUUUAGCUUAGUGCUCAAUUACACUGAACUCAAAUAAUUAGAUACUAAGUAAAAUUUUGUUCAUGUAAAUUACUAUACCUGCUUGUCCAUUCAAUCUAUCAGCUAUCUAUAGCUGAAUCUAGCUCACCUGUGGUCUGUAAGGCAUUACGAGAAGAAUUUUAAUUUUUUUAUAUAUAACAAUUUACGCGCUCGGUGUUGGCGCAGCGAGAACGAGUGUGAUUUUUACAACACAAAAAAGGUGACCGUGUUUUAAGCCGGAUAUAAUCACGAGAGACGCUCCCCAUUUGCAUUCCCACUAAAAUAAAGUUUUUCAGAGUGACGGCGUAGAGGUCCCGAAUCCUCGUCGUUUUCCAGCGACUGCUCGCGUGUCAUUGUCGAGAAUGUCAUGUGAAUUUUUUAAUCGAGACAAUUUGCUCGCGUCAAAAUGCCACAGACAUGAAAUUGAAACGUCAUUUGUUUCGCUUAUAACUGCCACCAGAGACGGUUCCUUUUGUUGGCGGAUGCCAUUUUGUCGACUAACUUUGCUACCAUUUCCGUAUGCCAAUGAAUUCGUGAAAUUUCGUCAGGGGAAUCAAGAAUGUUAAUUUGUAAAUUAAGUGGAUUUAGUUUGGUUGGAUUAAAUGGUAUUACUUUUUUGAUUAAAUGCUCAUCAUUUUGUUCGUCAAUACUGCUGCGGUGUUAAAAUUUUUACGCUCCAAUCUUGUUUUUGAUUUAAGUACCAAAAGUGUUCUUAAUAUUUUAUGAACUUUGGCAUAAAAUAAAAGCUUGAAUCUUUCGUGGUUUCUUCAAGUUUAGAAAAUUUCUUCAGCUUCCGUUGAAAAUUACUUAAAGGGUGUAGCAAAUAAUAUAACAUAAAAGAUUUUUUUUCAAAUUUGUAUUUCGUGAAUCGACUUGAUAUUAUUUGAUUAAUUUGGAAAUAUUAUUCGUUGAUCAAGUAAAUGCCAUUGUUUAUUUUGUCAGGCGAAUGAUUACAUUAUUUUAUAAACUAAUUUGUAAUGUAUUUGAAUAAAUGUAGUAUAAUAAUAAUAUCUCUAGAAGCGCUUUGUUUGUUAAAUAAGAUUUAAUAAUUUGGUCGACGAAGUGUUUGUUAUUUUAUCAACGAAGUAAAUAUCAUUUAAUGAAUUAUCUAAUGAAGCAAUAUUAUGUAAUUUUUUUGAAAACGUAAGCUAUAUCAAGUUAUUCGUAUUAUUAAUAAUAUUAGUGAAACUCGAAUUAUUUAAUUAUCAAAGUUGGCAUUGUCUUACUCUUUAGACGGAAAUGGCGUCCUUUUAUUCCAUCAAAAUCACAUGUACGUGGAGCAAUGAGCCGGUUAUUAAUUUAAUUUGACAAAGUCAAAGAUUGUAAUUGUGAAAUUAUAACGCUGAUGAUCUUACGUGAAAUGAAAUAUCUUAAUAUUUAAAUUGUAAGAAAAUUAAUAGAAUGUACACGGUAGAUUUGAUCGGUAGGUUUCGCCACUCUUUUGUGACACACGACUCUACAUCAUGUUUUUUUACUAUCUUUACUCAUUUCUACCGUCUUAAAUGAUGAAUUAAUCUUAUAGAAAUUUAAUUGACCGAGUAAAUUGUUAAAACACCGGUGAAAUAUAUUAUAAAUCUGAAUUUUUUUUCAAUUUAUAUGUAUGUAUAUACAUAUACAUACAUAAAAGGCCAAGGUAAAAAAAAGGCUAAAAAAGAAGAAAGAAAGAGAAACUAUUAAUCAUAUGUGAAAUAGUUAAACUGAUCGUAUAGCGUUGCAGAGGGUCAUCGUAAAUCGUACUCCAGCAUAACAAAUUAAUAUCAAUAUUUGACAGUUCUGCAAGACAUAAAAUUGCUAUUGCGUUGUAAAAUCAUCGAUCAAAGGAGAAACUAUCGAUCGUAACGUUGCAUCGUGAUCCACCGUACGUGAGCGGAUAUAAAUCGAACAGAAGAAAGAGAAUAUUUACGCGUACGUGAACAAAGCAGAAAGCAACGGAAGGAAAUGUUGAGGAAACAUUGAUACGUGUAUACGCGCUUGCGCUUUUUCUUCUUGCCUGUGUCGACGAACUUUCAGAGCACUCGAACGGUAUAGAGACUAGGAGAAAUAACAGAAAUCUAUUGUCGCAUGUAGUCGUUGAUUUCGGAAGGUCUUGAAUGUCCUAACAUGAUCGUAUGACUUUUGCUCGAUUGCAUAUCAAUGAUUAACCCCUUGCGGGAGAUUAAGCUUAUAGAAAAAAACAUAAUAAAUAAAUAUAUAUAUAUAUAUAUAUAUCUAUACAUAGAAAGAAAUAUUAUACAGUGUAUCAAGGAAUAAGGAUGAAAAUUUAAAGUGCUUAUAGUAUUCAUCAAGAAUAAGUAUACAAUUCUUAAUCGAUAUAGAAUGUAGAAAGUCUAUAUUUUUUGUAGUAAAAUGUAAUUUUGUAUUUGCUAAUAUGCAAUAACUGAAAAGUAACAUACAUAUCUAUCCAUUGCAUCUUAAAACUUAUAUAUUUGAUAUAGUUUUCAUUAAUUAUUAUUUCCUAUGGACGAGGCAAAUCAUAAUAGCAUAAAAUUAAUUAUCCUUGCAAAAUAUACAUACAAAAUCACAUUUUACACUAAAGGUAUCGGCUUUUCAACUUAAGUUAAUCAAACAAUUUUUUUAUUCCAUCUGACACUAUAUGAGUCUACAAACUCUUAAUUCCUUUUCUAAUAGCACUCUGUAUAUUUGUCGCGAUUUUUCAUGUGAUAGAAAUUUUCAUCGCUAGGUCACCAAUGUCUAUCAUACUUCUCUACAGUACACGCUGUAUUUAUUUUUCUAGAACACACUCGCCAUUCGAACGAAUCUAUAAUCAUCGUAAAUGUGUACAUUAAAUGAGGAAUCGUGAGUAAUUUAUACACACAUACAUAGAAAAUGAUCGACCACAAAGGGUUAAUCGACUCGAAUCGAACGCGUCUAAAAUGUAUUUUAGGAUUCGGUACGAUCGAGAUCACGAACAUUCCGAAUAGAAGGAUUAAUAUCGAACCGGUUGAACAUGUUGAUUGUGAAUAAUUUUGGUAUCGUGAUGUUUUUCCACGGAAUUCGAUCAUCAUGUCGUGGUGAAUGAUCGCACGCGACGUGAUGAAUCGGGAAAUUAUCGUUUAGCUUUAUUUCGAUUUGUUACUUGGACGGGACUCGUCCGUUAAUUGUUAUCUAUCGAACUUGCGUAUUUUAAAGCUGAAUUCAUUAGUAAAUUAUUCGUUGAUCUAUUGAUUCUCGGUCAUUGUUACCGCGUAGAACAAUUGAUAAUGAAUUUUUUUAAAUGAAUUUUUUAAUCUAUAAGAUAAAAAUCUGUUCGAAGAUUUCUUUAACUACAUGUGUAUUUAGAGAAGCUUUUUAGGCCCUAUAUGGCCUUAUUUCCAAGAUUGUUCCAAACUGUUUCAUAAAAAUGAAAAGAAACAAAAAAUGGGGAUGAUAAUUGAGAGUUAGCAAAGUAAUCGAGAACAAUUGUAUCCGUUCGUAUCUAACGUUUUAGCCGCCACAAUUCAUAUGUAUUAAUCCUUGAGAAUGGAGGAGAGAGGAUGAGAGAGAGAGAGAGAGAGAGAGAGAGAGAGAAAGAGAGAGAGAAAGGGAAAGAAUGAAUGAAACUGAUAAAGAAGGGACCGUGAAAGAUGAGAAUGCGACGUGUCCUAUUUUUCGACGAAAAUUCUUGUUACUUAACGAUCCAUAGCGAUUAAUUCUGCAAGAAGAGAGCGAGUGCAAGGAAACGAGUGAAAGAGAAAGCGAUCAAGAGACACGAAGAGGAAAUAGGAGCAUUCGUAAUCGACUGGAACUCCUCUUGAUCGUAUCUUUUCGACUGGUUUUCUUUUUUCUUUUUAAGAUAGUUAUACACAUCAUCGAUAUUAAUGUUAUUCUUUUCCUCUUUUCAUCAUGUAGAAUGUAUGCAUUAAAUGGUAGAGACGAUCAGCUCGGUGCUGCACCAUUAUCGAAGCUUCUUUAAAAACUGUUAACACAAUUAUCCUUUGACACUAGAAAUACCACCACAGUUGAAGAAUAAUUUGUUAUUGUCUUAGAUAAAACACGUAUUCCUAAACUUUCAUUAUUCUAGUUCUUAUCUCCAGUUACUGUGCAAUAUGAGCAUUUUCUCUAUAUCUAUUUCUAUUGAUGUAAAACGGCAAAGUUACAAGUAAACUAUUCUGCUUCAUAUUUUAUUACAAUCCUUUUAUCAUAUUUUAUUGUUUUGGCAAAAAAGUUGGAAAUCAGCUAAAAAAUAAACUAAAACUGCAGAUACUUUUACGAGUUAAAACACUUUCAGUGACCCAAACAAAACAACAAAAGCACAAAAUUUACGAAUAGUUAUACUUGUCAGUGGGAAUAAUAGCUGACACAAUUCUGUUCAUUAGUGAAACCGACUCUAUUGGUCUUUCUAGCGUUAAUGGCGAUAAACAGAAUCAGUCAAAAAGUCCUACCACCGAUUGUAAUCAUUAUAUCACGUUGAUUCCUCCGCAAUAGCCGAAUAGUGCAAUAACAGGUGGCAAACUGGUAACGUUUCCGGUCGAUCCGCGCGAGUCCUCGGUGUUGUGAUCGACGAAUUCGAUUCGACCAACUGGAUAGUCGAAUAUCUACAUAUACUGCAGAAAUUAUAAGAGAUUUUAUCUAGAAAAUUUCAAAUCGUUUCUUCGACACAUUGACGAAGAUGAAAAGGAAAGAAAAGAAAAAGAAAAAAAUAAAGAAGAAAAAAUGCUCGUUUCAAUUGAAAGGUCUUUUUGAUGGAUAGAUUGAAACGCGCGUUUUCUUUUUAUCGCAUCGUAUAUCGAUUGUUGCAUUUUUACAAAUGUAAAGCUGCCGAAUUCCACAGCGUCACUGAUGCAAAAUCGCGUGGACAUCGCAUCGCUCCAGACAAGCUCAAUGCUCGUUGAAUCGUGCGUCGAAUAAAUUCAAAAAAUUUAUCGCCACUUUUCCUUUGGCAAAUAUCGAGGAACGCAGCGUGUCGAACCUCCGCAACCUUCCGUCAGUUCCUUUGCUUCUCGAGAUGCGCCAACGCCAAGCUCAAGAACGUCUUAAAGCGUUUAUUUUUCUACUGUAUCUCUUCUGCGAUUAAAGUCACGGCGUCUUUUAAUCUUGCUGUGCUCCGUGGGUCAUUUUCGAUCGGAUCGUAACUUUUAUCACCAAGAAAAUUUCUUAAAUUUGAGGAAAUUAUAGGGCAGUCGUUCUUGAUUUCUCGUUUGAAUCGUAUGUUAAUGAUUUUUUUCGAAAAGACUAAAGGAUCGCAGUAGGGUUAAUUACGAGCGGUUAUCGGAUAACAUUCGCAAUAAAGUAACUGUGUUUCCUGUAAAAACCGAAAUUUUACAUUCCAUUCAGCCACCACGUCAGGCUUUCUUGGUGAGAAUGACAUUUUUUUGUAUCAGCUUGCGGAGGAUCGAGGUCUUCUGUUUUCUUUUUUUUUUUUUGCCUUGAUUGAUCUUACUGGUUGGCUGUGAAAAUUUGGUGAGAUUUAAAAAAGAAAAGAGAAGGAGGAAGAGUGGAGGGAUAGACGAUGGUUAGAGACAAGUGGAAAUAGAUUUAAAUAUGGUGUCGACGAAUACGAUCGAUCUGUGCAACUUGUUGACGUCGCGAUUUUUAUGGUACGUUUCAUACGCGUGCCAAAAUUUUUGGUCUCUAUCCCAUCCCGGGACGAUUUACACCAUAAGUGUACCUAUGAAUGCAUAUAAGAUAUACGUUAUAUAUAAAAUAAGAAUACACGCGAACACAAAUAUACCGAUUACACACCACUGGCCAUCGAUUUUAAUUCAAGAUUGUCGCAAUACCAAUUAUAUGCGUAUAGUAAUUAAAUAUGUAAAAGAACGGUGUUAAAUGGUACGUUUAUAUUUUGACUUGGAAAGAGGAUUUUCUUUUUUCUUUUUGAAUAAUGUGACGAAUAAUUGUCGACGAUAACAAUGAUUAUGGCGACGAUAAGAUCGACGACGACGACGAUGAUGAUGAUAAUCACUACGAUGCAGCGGUAGAAUUUUUAGGCUAAUCAUUUAUUACACUUAUGAAGAAUGUCAGUACUAUAGUGUUACCACUUUGGUUAUUCAAUAAAACGUGAAGUUGACGGAAUCGCUGUUACAUA